GGAGGCGCCGGGGCUGGGCCCUCCUCCUCCUCCCUCUUCUUCCUGGGGCCUUGCAUUGCAUCAGCCCCGGCGGCGGCGGAGGAGGAGGAGGCUCGGGGCUGGACUCAGGCAGCUCCAGGAGUGGGCUCCCUCCCGGCUCCAAGGAGAAGCCUCCGGAGAAGAGAAAGGGAGAAGAGAAGGAAGGAAGGAGACAGACAGACAGACAAGGAAGGAAGGAAGGAAGAAGACAGGAAGGGAGGGAGGGAGAAAAAAAGAAAGAAAGAAAGAAGGCAGGCAGGCAGGCAGGCAAAGGCUCCGGGCCCCCUUUGCACCCAAGGGCUCCAUCCUGCGCCAAAGAUGAGUCUGCUGACACAGGAGUGUCAUGCAGUGGCCACCCUGCGGAAGAAGCGGCUGGACAUUGACGACGCAUCAGGGGCAGAUGAUCCGCAGCCCAAACGCCAGUGUCCUAAUCCGGUGCAAGGACUAGCACCUUGCCUCCAGCCUUUGGCUUGCUCCCCUCCCAUUCCAGACCAGGAUCCGAGGGUCUCUCAGAUUGGCCCAUAUCUCCUUUUGGAGCCCACCGAAGGGGGAUGCUGCUACCGGGCUGUGAAUAGGCAGACUGAGGCAGAAUAUACCUGCAAGGUUUACCCAGCCAAGAGCUACCCAGAAGUGAUGGCCCCUUACAGUGCCCUCCCUUCACAUCCGAACAUUGCCCAUGUGGCUGAGGUGAUCGUUGGAGACAAAAACGUUUACGUCUUCUUCCAAUCUGGGAAAGAUGACAUGCACAACUAUGUGCGGCGGUGCAAGCGCCUGUCUGAACAUGAAGGGGCUGCUCUCUUCCGACAAAUGGCCGAAACUGUUGCCCAUUGCCACCAACAUGGCAUUGUCCUGCGGGACAUCAAGCUGAGGAAAUUUGUCUUUGCCGAUAGGGAAAGAUCCAAAUUGCUGCUGGAGAACCUGGAGGAUGCGUAUGUGCUGAGUGGUCCCGAUGACUCCUUGGAGGACAAGCAUGGCUGCCCAGCCUACGUGGGGCCUGAGAUCCUCUGCUCCAAAGGCUCCUACUCAGGGAAGGCAGCGGACGUGUGGAGCCUGGGCGUUGUGCUUUACACCCUCCUUGUGGGGUGCUACCCAUUCCAAGACACCAAACCUGCCUCGCUGUUCAGCAAGAUUCGCCGUGGGCACUUUGCUGUCCCUGAGGAAAUGUCGCCCAAGGCUCGGUGCCUCAUCCGUUGCCUCCUCCGGAAAGACCCAGCUGAGAGGUUGACAGCCAGUGGGAUAUUGUUGCAUCCUUGGCUGGCCAUGGUUGGCAUCUCUGAGGGCUUGCACAGUAGCCCUUCUGGGGAACAAAGCCUGGAGCAGGUGGUACCAGAAAUGGGGAGCGUCCAGAAGCCUGAGACUGGACAGGAAAUGGAGGAAGACCUCUAUAGCUGAGCAGAAGGUGGAGACAAGAUGGCCAAACAUUGACUCUGUCUUGACCUGACUUCGGUUAUGCGUUGGAAUGUGGUCCCUUCCAGCUCUCAAUUGCACAGGACUGGUUCCAGAAGUGCCUUCAAGAUGGGAUGGGGGUUUCCCUUUGCCAGCAGGUGCUUUUACAACUAAAUCAGGGGAAAAGGGAAUCAGAACCUCCCUUGUAUCGUAGCAUGAACUCUGUGGCAUGCUCAUUCAUGUGUGCCAAAGAACCAUUUCUGAACCCUUUGUUGUCACCAGCAAAAUCUCCUGCAUUCAGAAAGCGGUGCUUUUACACGCUCCAGUCCUCUUCAUCAGCACCUAAGUGAAGGAUCCAUGUAUCAGUUUGGUGGACUGCAGAAGUGUGUCUGGAGAUUCAUCUGGGAUUUCCUGGAAGGAGAGGUCUAUGUUGCAAAGGCUGGAUCACAAAAAUGCCCUUCUGUGUCCAAAGACAGGACCAUUUUAUCUUGGAUUUCAGUUGACGAAAUGGACUUUUGGUUGGAGUUUUUGGCCAGGUGGCUAUCAAGAGGGAACCCCACUCCCUCCAAGCUUGAGCACAUCACAGUUUACAGGAGAAUGAGUGUUUUCCCUUGCAUGUGCCAAAUGGAAAAGGAUGCACUCCAUCAUGGACCAGAGAUCUUGCAUUGGUGGAAAGGCAGCGUUGAAGGAAGUGGCAAGCCUGGAUAAACUAAGCUGAUGUCUCCCUCCUGACACCUUUUUUUGACAAAUUUAGGGUCUCUUUGUAAUAACUUCCUGCUAUGCUAGGGCCAUAACUGCUCUCCUCCCAAAUUUUUCCUCUGUUUUUUCUUUCUUUCUUUCUUAAAGAGUGCCUCUUCUGAUUCCUAAUCUGCCUUAAAAGGAAAUUCCUGUUGGGAAGGAGUCUUGCAGGCCUCACCAAAGAGCUUGGACAAGGAACUUUUUGAGGACUACAACGUCUAUGGCUAGCUGGGGAAUUUGGGGAGUUGUUGUUACUUGUAAAAGGUCUGAUUCUCUACUUGAAUUUAUGUCACUACUGGACAUGGUUUGGGAUCUUGGGGUGAGGAGUGGCUGUGCCGGCAUCUCCUGCCUUGAGGUCUCACUGCUAUGCCCUUCCUAGCUUUCUCUCCCUGUUCCCGGUGGCUAAUGAAGAGAUAAAUGUGGCCAUGCAAGAUUUGGUGGAGCUGAUUUUGCAAAGGCCCACUGAAACUGGAUUAUCUGUUGUUCCCCACACACCAUUUCUUCUAGAGCGCCUGUAAUAGUCAAUAACAUCGCCUUGUCCGAAUCAUUUCCUUCCCACCCCAUCCUACAUCCCCCUCAGCCUUUAACUGACUAAUGUUUUGCUGCUCAUUUUAACCAUGGAAACUGUGAAGAGAAAGAGGCAAUGCCUGUUUAGGGGGUCAGGUAAUAAUUUGAAUGCUUAGUUUUUUGUGGGUUUUUUCUGGUUAUGUGGCCAUGUUCUAGAAGAGUUUGUUCCUGACGUUUUGCCAGCAUUCUUCAGAGAAUGCUAGCAUGGAAGUGAGUGGGGUAUAUACACUUGUCC